AUGUCAGACGUGAUGGCGAUGGAAGCGUGGGUCGCGAUGACCCGUCGAUUGCUUCAGCUCGAGCAGAAGGAAGAGACUCAGACGAGACAGAACGAGCUGCAGAUGCUGCAUGACAAGGACAAUCCGAACGUGUUGACGCACUUAACGCUCGCGCGCUGCUCGACGGGUUUAUUCGGUCGCUCCGUGCUGCAGUUUCGUUUGCCUUCGUUAAGUAUACGACACACUACACCACACCAUUUUAAAGUCGGCGAUGUGGUGCAACUUCGCGGACAGAAAAAGAGCAUGCAAACGGGACUGUUGUGGCCGACCGGCAUUGUCUCACGUGUCGAAGACCAGUCGCUUUGUGUAGCCAUCCAGCCCAGUGACGUAUCCGAAAAUCCAGAUGCUGACGAAUGGGACGAUUUGGGUGCAACUUUUACCCUGGAUCGACUGGUAAACAAUGCGACGUUUGAGAAGCUCUUGCGGGUGCUCCGGCAGAUGGAAAAACACGAUGUAGCAGCUGCUCAGGCUGUUAUUGACGUGAUUUUCGCCACGCGUGAGCCUCAAUGGCACACGCCUCUGCCUGUUUUGAUUCCAUUCCAUUUGGAACUUGAUGAGUCUCAAGUUGAAGCCGUUCGCUUCGCUUUGGCGUCCAAGGACGUGGCUUUGAUUCAUGGCCCGCCAGGAACAGGUAAGACGACGAGUGUCGUCGAGUUGAUCUUACAAGCUGUGACAGCUUUCAACUUGAAAGUGCUCGUCUGUGCACCGUCGAAUAUUGCAGUGGAUAACGUGCUGGAAAAGCUUGCAAAAACGUGCUUGACAGUGCACAAACAGCUGAGACUUACGCGUGUUGGCCACCCUGCACGUAUGUUGCCGCACAUUGUCAAGUACUGUCUGGAUGCAAAGAUUCAGCAGGCAGAAGGCACGGAGAUUGUGAAGGAUAUCCGAAAAGAGAUGGGAGACAUGCUGACCAAGCUGCACAAGACACGUGACAAGAGUGUGCGAUUUCAAUUGAGACGGGAGAUGAAGGCGAAUCGGAAGGAGAUUUGCGUACGGGAGAAGAAGGUGGUGGGUGAGGUUGUUCGACAAAGCGACGUGGUGUUUGCGACGAACGUCGGUGCGGCAUCCACGUUGUUGAAAGACGUGACGUUCGACUUGGUGAUAAUUGACGAGGCAGCACAGGCGCUUGAAGUGUCUUGUUGGAUUCCUAUAUUGAAAGCGAGGCGGUGUGUGCUCGCUGGUGACCACUUGCAGCUGCCACCUACAAUCAAGUCGAAGACUGCAGCAGCCAAGGGUCUCGAGGUGACUUUAUUCGACCGGAUCACACACUUUGCACAUACGCAAAACAUUGUGAAGAUGCUGAAUAUACAAUAUCGAAUGCACGAGCAUAUCAGCGAGUGGAGUUCGCAAGCAAUGUACAAAGGAGAGCUGAAAAGCUUUGACGGUGUAGCGAAGCGCAAGCUGCACGAAUUACCGCAUGUCAACAUCUCGGAAGAGGAUGAGUUUCUAGAUGCUACAUUACUGCUGUUGGACACGGCUGGAUGUGAUCUUGAAGAGGACGUAGAUGAGGACCACGACGAAGGUCAGGAGGUUCUUCGGCUGUCGAAGUCGAACAAGGGCGAGGCUCUUAUUGCGGCAAGACACGUCCAAGCUCUGCUAGAGGCUGGCUUGAAGGAGGAUGAGGUGGCAGUGAUCACGCCGUACAAUAAGCAGGUGCAGGCAUUGAAGGCUUUGCUGCUUGAACAGUAUCCAAAGCUCAAAGUCAGGUCGGUCGACGGUUUCCAAGGCUGUGAGAAGGAGGCUGUUGUCAUGAGUCUAGUGCGGUCCAAUGCUUCCAAGCAAGUAGGUUUUCUAGCCGAUGACCGUCGCAUAAAUGUGGCCAUUACGCGAGCAAAGCGGCAUGUUGCAGUGGUGUGCGACACUGACACAAUCACUUCACACAAGUUUUUGGCCGCGCUAGUCCAGCAUUUCGAAAACUUUGGCGAGUAUCGGAGUGCGCAAGAGUAUUUGGAGAUGGAUGUCGUCAAAGGCGUAGUGGACGAGCAGCUGAUGUUGUCGCAGAGUGCAUCGACGUGUAGUACACGUGGUGCUCUAUCCCAAGUGAAUGGUGCUGCAACGACCAAUAUUGCAAAAGCUGCAAAGCCGAAGAGGACGGUGACGCAGAAGAAAGUGGUGAAGGCUAAUCCUCCGCCUUUGGUAAAGUCAGAUACGGCUGAGCAGACUGAAGACGAAGCUCAGAUCCUCGGCACAAAGUCAAAUGCAUCCGAUGUUGUUGAUGAUGUGGUUCAGAAGAGUAAAGAUGAGACAGAAGACGAGUCUGUCGUGACCAAAAGCGUUUUCCAGAUGAUGAGUUCGGAUAGCGAUAGUUCGGACGACGAGCGGAAAAGUGAUGGGCUAAAGGAGGACGUCGACGACUGUAAACUCAGCAAUCUGCAUGCUGGAACGGAUCUUACAGCUGCCAACUCGCUGUUGAAAGAUUUGCAUCUGAAUCGACUCACUCGACAACCUGUUCCACCGCCAGCACCAUGUGCAAAACGGAAGAAGAAGAAAAGGGGUGCUGCAAAAGCUGCCACCAAUGCGACGAUCGAGGAGCUAAGAGAUGGCGAAGACGAGCUCGACUUUCUUACUCGACAAGCAAGCAAGAGCCAAAGUUGUGCUUUCCAACUGUCGAGUCGCUGCAAGAAGAGCAUCGUCAUGUUCGGUAGCGUGUGCAAAUUCUGCAACCUCAAGUUCUGCUACGACCACGUUCAGCCUGAAGUACAUGGAUGCGGAGCCGCCGUACGCAAAUUCGAGCGAGCCGAGUUCCAGCGCCCGACGACAUCCAACAACCCGAAGAAGACACUCACUAGCGACAAGCGCAAAGUGCUCCAGAAGAAGCUAAACGAAAAGGUGUCUGCCAAGACGGCGAGUCGCGCAACACAGUCCAAGUCCAAGAAAAAAUAA